GAAGCUGCCAUUGGGGCAAGUGAGCAGCAGGGCCACCGAGGCUGGUUGGAUUUUAAUUUAACGGAGUUAACGGGGGUCGCAGCGGAUUGAAGCCCCGCUGGAGUUAAUGUCGACAGGGCCGCGCGGAGUGCCAGCGACGGCUACGACGAGCAAACGGUCCACCGAGCCGGGCAGAGACACCGGCUAACGGCUGCUUGCUAACUAACUGUUUAACAUUAACUGUGCUUCUCCAGCCAUUAGCCUCUCUCUCUCCACACACACACACACACACACACACACACACACACACACACACACACACACACACACACAGAGCUUACAUACUGCACAACACCUGGUGGAUGAAGGAUGUCUGCCGCCAGUAUUGACCCUCAGACAUCGAAAGGACAAGAUGCAAACAAAGCCUUCCCAGUUUCAGUGCAGAAUGGCUCCCUCCACCAGAAGGAUGCAGUUCAUGACGACUUUGAGCCUUAUCUCACCAACCAGUCAAAUCAGGCUUCUCAUUUUACUUCAUACUUCUGCCAAUAUGACCGCAAAACACAAACGAACAACAGCUAUCAAUCCAUGACAGACCCUUACCUGUCCAGCUACUAUGCCCCCUCCAUUGGCUUCCCUUACCCUCUCAGUGAGGCUCCCUGGUCGACCGGCGGUGACCCACCGAUCCCCUACCUGACACCCUACGCCCCCCUCAGCAAUGGAGACCAUCACUUUAUGCACGACACCGUGUUCGGGCAGCCGGGCGGGCUCAGCAGCAGCAUCUAUCCUCACAGGUUCAACUUCUUCCCUGAGAACCCGGCCUUUUCCGCGUGGGGCACCAGCGGCUCUCAGGGCCAGCAGACUCAGAGCUCAGCCUACGGGGGCAGUUACAGCUACCCCCCCAGCUCUCUGGGAGGCACUUUAGUCCCUGAUGGGCAGACGGGCUUCCACAGUGACACCCUGAGCAAAGCUCCCGGUAUGAACAGCCUGGAGCAGGGCAUGCUGGGUCUAAAAAUAGGUGGGGACGUGACGGGAAGCGGCUCCGGUGUGAAGAGCUCCGGCUCUCUUGGAGGCGGCAAUGUAGCUGCGGCUGUCGCCACGGGCAAUGGUGGCACACCAAUAGGGAUGCCCCCUCCGAAGCCGGCAUCGUGGGCUGCCAUCGCGAGUAAACCUGCGAAGAUGCAGCAACAGAAGAUCAAGAACAAACCCGGCCCGCCCAUGGCUGGAGGUCUGCCUCCGCCGCCCCUGAAACACAACAUGGACAUAGAUACAUGGGAUAAUAAAGGAGCUGCUAACAAGAUGGCGCCUCCUCUGCCGCCCCAUCACCACCACCACCACCACCACCAUCACCAGCAGCUCCACUCCCACGCUCCCAGCCUCCUGCCCCCCCUCCAGCAGUCCCUACAGUCUGCCCAGUCCCUCGUGCAGCAGAUGACCAUGCAGGGUCCUCCUCCACAGUCGUACCAGAACCACAACUCCGCUCCGACACCUCAGACCCGCUGGGUAGCGCCCCGCAACCGCAACUUGUGCUACGGUGGCGGAAGCUUGGACAGCAGCGGCUCCUCUAACGGCGGCGGUGUUGGUAACGGAGGCGGAGGGGGCGGUGGUUUGCCUCCAGAGCCGGGAUUGGAGUCCCACCCCGUGCUGGAGAAGCUGCGGGCGGCGCACAGCUACAAUCCCAAGGAGUUCGACUGGAGCCUGAAAAACGGACGCGUGUUCAUCAUCAAGAGCUACUCUGAGGACGACAUCCACCGCUCCAUCAAGUACUCCAUCUGGUGCAGCACGGAGCACGGCAACAAACGUUUGGACUCGGCCUUCAGAACCAUGAACGCUAAAGGUCCCGUCUACUUGUUGUACAGCGUCAACGGCAGCGGGCAUUUCUGCGGCGUGGCCGAAAUGCACUCGCCCGUGGACUACGGCACCAGCGCCGGCGUUUGGGCGCAGGACAAGUGGAAGGGCAAGUUUGAUGUGAACUGGUUGUUUGUUAAGGACGUGCCUAAUAGCCAGCUGCGCCACAUCCGCCUGGAGAACAAUGACAACAAGCCAGUCACCAACUCACGUGACACUCAAGAGGUUCCUCUGGAAAAGGCAAAGCAGGUGCUCAAGAUUAUCGCCCAGUACAAACACACCACCUCCAUCUUUGAUGACUUCUCCCACUACGAGAAGAAGCAGGAGGAGGAGGAGGUGGUGAAGAAGAGCUAUGAACCUGCACCCAUACAGAGCCGACCCCGACUCGAUCAGGAUCGUCAGAAGUAAACAGAAGACGGCUGUCGACGAAAUUUAGAUUUAAAAAAAAAGAAAAGGAAACACAAGGACAUAAAUAAAUU